AAGACUUAUCUCAUCCACAUUCAUCGUAUGUAUAUUAUCUGUGGCAUUUCUGGUCAUUGCUAAUCAUCACAAACAAAAACAAAAAAAAAUGGAUAAAAGAUGGAGUCUUCAAGGUAUGACUGCUCUUGUAACUGGUGGAGCCAGCGGAAUCGGGAACUGGAAUGUCUAGGUAUGCCAUAGUAGAGGAAUUAGCUAAUUUUGGAGCUAAAAUCCACGUAUGUGACAUAUCUGAAACUCUGCUCAAUCAAAGUUUAAGUGAAUGGGAAAAGAAAGGGUUUCAAGUCAAAGGCUCAGUCUGUGAUGUAACCUCACGCUCUGAGAGAGAAACAUUGAUACAAAAUGUAUCCUCCCUGUUCGAUGGUAAACUCAACAUUCUUGUAAAUAACGUGGGAGUACUUCGCGGGAAGCCAACAAUAGAAUAUGUGGCAGAAGAUUUUGCUUACCAUAGCUCAACAAACUUGGAAGCUGCUUUCCAUUUUGGCCAGCUUUCAUAUCCACUCUUAAAGGCUUCAGGUUAUGGAAGCAUCGUCUUCUUGUCUUCUGUUGCAGGGGUUGUAUCAUUUGAGUGUGGAUCCAUUUAUGGUGUAACCAAAGGAGCUCUGAACCAGCUAGCUAGAAAUUUGGCAUGUGAAUGGGCAAAAGACGGCAUAAGAGCCAAUGCUGUUGCACCUAAUGUUGUCAAGACUCGACAGUCUCAAUCUUAUCUUGAGGACGUCAGUUUCAAGGAAAAAUUGUUCUGUAGAACUCCACUUGGUCGUGCUGGAGAGCCAAAUGAAGUUGCAUCGCUAGUGGUCUUCUUGUGUCUACCUGCAGCGUCCUACAUCACUGGUCAAACCAUUUGUGUUGAUGGAGGCCUCACAGUUAACGGUUUCUCCUAUCAGUCACGGGCUUGAGAUAAUGGCCUUUUAGCGUUUUGUAACUGUCUUUAAACUUGAAUAAAAACCUCACGAUGUGAGUGUGUAUACGAAAACAUAAACUUUUUCGCAGUUCCAUUAGUUUCUUUUCUUCAAAAAUAGAGAAGCAUGAUUCAUUACUGAUC